AUGGAGCUUUCGGCGGUGGGGGAGCGGGUCUUCGCGGCCGAGGCCCUCCUCAAGCGGCGCAUACGGAAAGGACGCAUGGAAUACCUCGUGAAAUGGAAGGGCUGGUCGCAGAAGUACAGCACAUGGGAACCCGAGGAGAACAUCUUGGAUGCCCGCUUGCUCGCUGCCUUUGAGGAAAGGGAACGAGAGAUGGAGCUCUAUGGCCCCAAAAAGCGAGGACCCAAGCCCAAGACCUUCCUCCUCAAGGCCCAGGCCAAGGCCAAGGCCAAAACUUACGAGUUCCGAAGUGACUCAGCCAGGGGCAUCCGGAUCCCAUACCCCGGCCGCUCACCUCAGGACCUGGCAUCCACCUCCCGGGCCCGCGAGGGCCUUCGGAACAUGGGUCUGUCCCCUCCGGGGAGCAGCAGCAGCAGCACCUGCCGAGCAGAGCCGCCUCGGGACAGGGACAGGGACAGGGAGCGAGAGAGGGAGCGAGAACGUGAGCGGGAGCGCGGCGCUGGCCGUGCUGAAGACAAGCCAAGCUCACCGGGUGACAGCUCCAAGAAGCGAGGCCCCAAGCCCCGGAAAGAGCUCCUGGACUCCUCGCAGAGGCCGCUGGGAGAACCCAGUGACGGCCUUGGAGAGUACCUCAAGGGCCGGAAGCUGGACGACGCCCCUUCUGGGGCGGGAAAGUUCCCAGCAGGCCACAGCGUGAUCCAGCUGGCCCGAAGGCAGGACUCGGACCUUGCGCAGUGUGGCGUGGCCAGCCCCAGUGCCGUGGAAGCUCCGGGCAAGCUGGCUGUGGACACCUUCCCGGCCAGGGUCAUAAAGCACAGGGCUGCCUUCCUGGAGGCCAAAGGCCAGAGCGCCCUGGACCCCGGUGGACCCCGGGUCCGGCAUGGCUCGGGCACCCCUGGCUCCAUGGGGAGCCUGUACCGGGACAUGGGGGCCCAGGGAGGAAGGCCCUCCCUCAUCGCCAGGAUCCCAGUGGCCAGAAUCCUGGGGGACCCCGAAGAAGAGUCCUGGAGCCCCUCACUGACCAACCUGGAGAAGGUGGUGGUCACUGACGUGACCUCAAACUUUUUGACCGUCACCAUUAAGGAAAGUAAUACGGACCAAGGCUUUUUCAAAGAGAAAAGAUGA